GAGAGAGAGAGAGAGAGAGACUGAAUCUCUAGUGAAAUCCCUGCAAGGGUUUUGCAAUUCUUUUCAAGCUUACUUCUCUAGGAAGGGUUCCUUCUAGAGUUUGAUGCGGUGAGGUUGUAUUUUUGUGGGUGUUUAUGUUGUUAUCGGGUUGAAAUGGAGCUCCCUCCAAGAGUGGCUUCUGCCAUGAAUGCAAUGAAGGCCCUUGGAUUAAGCUGGGAAAUAACAAAACCCGUUCUUAAGGAUCUUCUCAAGGUGUAUAAAUACAAUUGGGAACAUAUUGAAUGUGAGAAUUACAGAGUUCUUGCAGAUGCUAUUCUUGAUUCUUUGGAGUUGAUGGAUAAUGAUUUAAAGAAGAUUACUCGUCGUGAUGAUGAUCUUGAUAAAAAGGUUGAUGUUGAGAAUAACUCAUUUAGUGGAAAGAGAGCCAAGGUUGAGAAUGACUCAUUUAGUGGAAAGAGAGCCAAGGUUGAGAAUGACCUAUUAUGUGGAAAGAGAGCCAAGGUAAAUGCCCACCGUAUGAGUAAAGUACAUUCAAUGGAGCCUAGCAAUGAUGCUUGUUUUGACAAACGACCAAGCCAUGAACCACCGAAGAAUGAGCACAAAAACAAGGCUUCAACGCUUGGAGAUAAACCUCGACAACUGGAGAAUCCUAUUUCAAUUGCUGCCCCUCCGCGACCACUUCCUGCUAGAAUAGUUGGUUCGAGUAGCAGUAAAGAAAGCUCAUUACAUGACAAUGGCAAAAAUGCUUCCACUGAUGUGGAUAGAAGUGCUCAGAAUUCCUCCUCAAUCAGGAUUGAGUUAGCUUCUUCAUUGUCAGGGGAGGUGAGACUUGUGAUUCUAUAUGAUCCAGCACUACCUUGUCCUAAUUUCCAGAUCCCAAGCUUGGAAAUUCUUUGCAAAAUGGUGGAGGAUAGAUGUCUGAAGUCGUAUAAGAUCCUUGAGCCGCAUUUUUCACUUUUGAGGUUGCUGAAAGAAAUGUGUCAUUGUGUUAUGGAAUUAAGCUCCAAUUCUUCAGAAGAACGAGGAAAUAUUGAUAGGUUUCAAGGAAUGAAUCCAAUCAUCUCAAAUGGUCAACCAGAGUAUGCAAAUCUCCAAAACUACUCAAACAAUAAGAGUGAGAGAGGUAAGGAUUCUGAAGAUAUCAGAAAUUCAGAAGCUCUAGCAAAUGAUUCACUUGGUUUAGUUGUGUUCCAGCCCCAGCAUUCUUCUAGUAGUACGAAGACUGUUGCAUUUUGUGACACAGACAUUAGUAGGGGUGAAGAAAAUUUGAAAAUUUCACUUGCAAAUGGACCCGCAGAGCGAUAUCCACCAUUUCACUACAUUCCUAGAAAUAUUGUUUACCAGAACGCUUAUGUCAAUAUAUCGCUAGCUCGAAUUGGAGAUGAGGAUUGUUGCUCUACUUGUUCUGGAGAUUGUUUAGCAGCAUCUAUUCCAUGUCCAUGUGCAAGAGAGACAGGAGGAGAUUAUGCUUAUACUUCAGAUGGUCUUAUGAAGAAGGAAUUUCUGGAUGCCAUCAUCUCAAUGAAGCGUGAUCGGCUACAGAAGCACCUAUAUUUUUGUAAAGAUUGCCCCAUUGAGAGAAUAAGAAAUGAGAUGAUGCCAGAACCAUGCAAGGGACAUUUGAUUAGAAAGUUUGUGAAGGAGUGCUGGAAUAAAUGUGGAUGUAAUAGAAUUUGUGGAAAUAGACUGGUGCAACGUGGAAUAACAAGGAAUUUGCAGGUGUUUUGGACUGUAGAAGGCAAGGGAUGGGGGCUCCGUACCCUUGAAGAACUUCCUAUGGGAGCUUUCAUAUGUGAAUAUGUUGGUGAAAUUCUUACUAAUACGGAGCUUUUUGAUCGCCAGUUACUUGUGACUGGCAAGAUGAGGCAUACGUAUCCUGUUCUACUCGAUGCAGACUGGGGAUCUGAACAAGUUCUGAAAGAUGAAGAGGCACUUUGUUUAGAUGCAACGUUUUACGGGAAUGUUGCUAGAUUUAUCAAUCAUAGAUGUGGCGAUGCUAAUAUUGUUGAGGUUCCAGUUGAAGUAGAAACACCUGAUCAUCAUUACUAUCAUCUAGCUUUCUUUACUGUGAGAAAAGUUGAAGCUCUCGAAGAGCUAACUUGGGACUAUGGAAUUGAUUUUGAUGAUCAGACUCACCCUAUAAAAGCGUUCUCAUGUCGUUGUGGUAGCAAGCUCUGCCGGGACAGGAGAGCACAAAUUA